GUGGAGGCCAUGGCAAGGGAGGUGACCAACAAUGAAAGCGAGGCCUUGCUCAAGGUGGAGACUGGCUACAAGGCGCUGAUUCGGGUGGUGGUGCUGGUGGCUGAUGCAAGUCGGGCGGCUUUGGAGAGCGAGUCCAGCGAAGGUGUUGUGGGCAGAGGUCGGAUCUCGAACAGUGACAUGACGAAGAUGUAUGAUGCGCUGGAGUUUGCCCUGCCGUCGAUGAUGCAUGCGGUGCGGUUGGUCGCUGGAGGACAUGAGUUUGUGAACGAGCUGAGUCGGGACUGGCUUGAUGCCUUCUUCCCGCCAUUGGUCGACUCGCUGACGGCGGCCGAGGCUGGUGGGGUGGCAUCGGUGCUGAUGGGCCAGUACUGGCGCCUGGUGGUGUGGCUGAUGGUCGAGCCGAGGGGUGAGUUUGUCGAGCAGGGCUCAGCAGGGUUUGAGGCCGGAAUGCGGUCGUUGAUGGCAGCGCUGCCGGUGCUACACGCCGAUGCAGGCGGGCGACAGGCUUUUGAGCACAUGGUGUCGUGCGUAGCCAACGGCAUUGUCAUGACCCGGUCGUGGAUCGGAUACGACUACCAGGCGUUAGGGGACGAUCUCUUGAACGCCACGUUUAACGAGUGCGAUGUGAUGAUUCCGAUGGUGGCUUACGAGGGCUUGAUGGAGAUGGACGAGGUUGCGUUGCUUCGGGAACUGCAGGUUCGGUAUGCCGCACUCUGCGAUGAUGGCAUGUUGACCGGGGUCUCCAGUGACACCCUGUACGACGCCGCGAAUCUGGCGAUCUAUGUCUCCGAGAGACUGGGGCAGUUUGAGGUUGGAGCGGCCUUUCUAGUGAUGGCGGCGGUGCGGGCGUUGCCAUCAGCUGCUGACUCGAUCAACAUUGCACUCUCAAACCUGGACCCCGAUGGCCACCUGACUGUCACAGAAGGAGCCAAGGUGCAGUUCGAGGUAGCCACCAGCGCCUGGCUUGUCGAACUGGAGGCAACGGUGACGUCUGGUGUGGCGCGCGGCGUACCGUCGCUCGCAGACAUGGCUGCGAGAGUCCUCCUGCUGGACGCGGAGUUGCUGCAGGAUGCGAUUAUCGACGGCAGGGUGCCAGACGAGGUGGUGGCGCAGGUGCUGCACUCGGCAGACACGGAGCUGACGGGCGGGCGCGAGAAGCCGGCUUCGCUGAUGCGGGCCGAGACGAUUGCCAUGCGGAUCGCAAGCGUGCCGUUUCGCAUGUUUCUGGGAGCGGCGGAGGCAAGGAGUGCACGGAGCAAGAUGUUGGCGAUAGCGUUGAAGCUCCCGCUUGAGCUCAUUGGCGCGGAGCUGCUCGAGUCACUGGCAAUGGUGAUCAGCACAUGGUGUCUAGACGCAGACGAUGGUAGCGAUGUUGUGCCGCUGUAUGCAAAGGCGUGCGCGGCGUGUGUGCGCGUCACCGAGACCAAGCUGGAGGGUUUUGUGAUGCACCUGCGAGCGCUCGAGCUGACUAUGGCGCUGUCUGGCUCGGUGGGCGAGUCUACAGUGGAGCCGUCGCCGGGCGUAAUGACCUACCUGGAGAAGUUUGUGUGGGGCGAGAGCAGAACGAUCGAUGUGGGGAUGAGGGCUCUCUGCGGUGCAUUGUCGGAUCUGACACGAGCUGCGGACAUGGAUCCGGGGCUGGUGCCGCCGUUUGAGCUUCUGACGCUUAUGACCAAGUUGGGCGAGCUGUUGCAUCCAGGAGCCGGGAUGGUGGGCAGCGAGUGGGCCGCGUUUUCGCCGCUGGGCUCGAUGGGUGUGUUUGCAACGAUGGGAGACCUUGCGCUGACGACGCAUCCAAUGCCAAGGGAGGCGAUUUGCGGGCUGAUGUGGGCGGUGGGCGACUGCCGGCGGGCGCUCGAGCUCUUGGUCAAGGUCUCAAUCAGGCCAGCGGUGGUUGAGGCACUGGGCCCGAUGCGCGCAAGCGCACACGACGCUACACUGGAGACGAUGGAGGGCUUUAGCUCACUCGCCACAUCUGUGCUGCAGUCGCUGUCGUGCGUGGAGAUGAUGGGCGAAGUGCAGAUUUCGCACUUUAUGUCCGACGUCUCGGCGGCGGUGAUGGCAACGAUCGAGUACUUGCGCAGCGAGGCGUGCGGCUUUCCAUUAUCGCUCCCUGACGAGCCCCUGCAGGUGCUGUGUGCACUCGGUGAUGCAGCGGCGACGGGGCAGAGCAUUCCCAAUGAUGUCAAGGCUGCGACUGUGGAGAUGCUAGCGGUUGUGUUGCAGUCGCGCGAUUUGUCUCAGACGGCGUCUGAGUUGGUGCCGUGGGCGCUGGAGAUGUUGCAGCGGGAAGGGUAGACAACCGAUGGUUGGAACAAAACAGG